CCGUCACCGUGCAAAAUUUCACAUCGCACAUAAAACAACAAUUAAAAAGACUGACUUGCAAAUCUUCGACACCUGCUGAGGAAUUGCGCAUCGCAUGAGGACCUAAUCUUCGCACUCAUGGAUAUCUCACAGCAAAAUAUGGCAACCGGUCAGACGGAACUGGACGGAGACUUGCUUCAGCAAGAUCAAUCACGAAGCUCAUCAAACUCUAAAACGAAAUCAACACUGUUGAGAAAUUUGGCGUCACAUAACUACCAUCGCGAGGCACAACGCGCGACUGAAGCAAGUUCGUGCGUCUGGCAGCCGCGGCUGAUCGUGGCGGCAAUCAUUUUCCUGCAAAUAAUCACGCCGGUGCUGAGCGACAAGCGCGCUGCCCUAGUGGACGCUGACAAUACGCUCAGCUGUCACCGUCGUCAGUACACUUACAAAGUCACUGAGACGGACGAAAAUGGACGGAUUUGCUGGGAUUAUGUCAACAUAAUGAGCUGCUGGGGCCGCUGCGACAGUAAUGAGAUCGCAGACUGGAAGUUCCCGUACAAGCGUAGCCACCACCCCGUGUGUCUGCACGCUGCCACGCAGGCCAACGAGGUGCUGCUGCGCCACUGCGACCCUGGCGUCGCCCCUGGCACCGAGGUGCACAGGUUCACGGAGGCCUCCGUGUGCUCCUGCUCCUUGUGCAAGAGCUCCGAGGCCUCGUGUGAGGGCCUCAGGUUCCGAGGGGCCCGGCGUGCACCUCGGGAGACAUCGUCCCUGCUGGUGGCUGACCAGCUGCUCACAGAUGGCGACUACGAUGCAGCCUCAGAGUUUCAAACGAGAUUUGAUGGCGGGUUCGAUGGCUACAUAGAGAGGGAGGGUGAUAAAGUUUUUGAUGGUGGAUAUUCAGAAUCAAAAAGGAAUACAAAAUUUAGUAAAGGAUAUGACUAUGAAAACAACAUUGCUGAAACGGAUCUCUUGCACAGGGGUAACUCCUUAGCGAUAACAAAUGGUGACGCGACUUCAUCAAUCAAUGAGAUCAAAGCGAACAGCAAACUGAAGAAGCGCCUUAACCUGUCUAGCGCCCCGGGAGGGCAAGACAAGAGGGCUCUUCUCGAAGCCAAAACAAAUCUUGUUGCUAAGAAAGACAUUGAAAAAUUUGGUGGUUAUAUCGAUUUGCCAAUCACCGCGGAUCCGCUGGCCUUCCAAGACGACCAGAACGAUGACGAAAUGUUCUUUGUUGUUGAAAACGGGCAAGAAAUUCCUUUAGGAGCUACAGGUAGAGGGGUUAUAAGUUCCGUGGUUCAAAGGCCUAACUUGUCACCUCUGAAAAGUUUCGAAGAAGCGGCCAGGCUUUUGACGGCGCGUAAGCAAUGGAUGCGACGCAAUGAUAAAAGGGAGCCAAUCAUGCGGAGUAUUGCUCAACUCCUCGCCAAUUAUCGGAAACUGAACCUGGAACAAAAUCUGGUCCCCGAGCUGGGUGAAGUGGACCGAAAUUCCUCCCAUAUGGCGGGAAUUUCAUCGCUUCGUCAGGGCGAGGACGAACAUCGAGGGGACUCUUCCUCUCGAGUGGGGAAGGACCAGACCGAAGGAACCUAUUCUCCUUGGGGAAAUGAUUUAGGAAAAGAAAUGAUUAAUCGUUAAACCCUGUACGUGUGAUUAUAGGUAAUAGAUUGGCAGCGGUUCCCCAUUGUGUGCAUCGACCCAGGACACUGGAAAUGAUUGGCUGAUAAUAAU